AUGGCAUCCAAAGAAAAGUUGUUAAUGCUCUUAAAAUUUCCAUUUUACAUGAUAUACUUCUAUCUAGAAGCUUUGUUGAGGACGAUUUUUCUUCGACCAUCACCCAAAGAUGUGAGAGGAGAAGUUGUGUUAGUGACGGGGGCGGGGCAUGGAAUUGGACGGGAAAUCGCCCUGGAGUUUGGCCGGAUGGGCUGUAGAGUUGUUUUGUGGGAUGUCAAUAAGAGUGGAAAUGACUCUGUGGCUGCCGAGAUAAAAGCUGCAGGAGGUGAAGCCCAUCCAUUUGUCUGUGACCUCUGUAAAACUGAAGACAUUAAGACAGUAUCGGCUCAGGUGAAAAAGAACAUUGGAGAUGUUGACAUCCUUGUAAACAAUGCUGGAAUUUUGUAUGGAGGAGAAAUGCUGAAAAUGAGAGAGGAGCACAUCCGGCGGACAUUUGAAGUCAACACUCUGUCACAUUUCUGGACCACCAAAGAGUUUUUGCCAGCCAUGAUUAAGAAAAAGAAAGGCCACAUUGUUACAAUUUCUUCAAUGUCCGCAAAGUCUGGUACUGCCCUACUGGUGGAUUACAGCUCCUCUAAGUAUGCUGCCUUCGGAUUUGCAGAGGCUAUGGAGGAAGAGAUGGACAGACUUGGCCACAGCUAUAUCAAGUUUACCACUGUUUGUCCAAUGUUUGUAAGCAGUGGAUUAGUGAAAGCUACUACCGAUGUAGAUGAGCCAUUGUUGACCCCAAAACGAGUUGCCUUGGCAACUGUAAAUGGGACAUUGUUGAACAGAGCAGUGGUUAUGAUUCCAGAAACUUUGGCCUUCUCGCUUCGCAUAGCAGCAUGGUUUCCACGGAAACUCAAUUUGUGGCUGAAGAAAGCGGGAAAUCUAGGAAUUCAGCCUCAGUAUAAUUCAUCAAAACAUGACUAAAGGAUACUUUGUGAUAAAGUAGACGAAUGUGUGACGUGUCAACACAGAGUACAUUUUGGUUGUUCAAUUUGUCUACAUACAUAUCUUUCUAGAGUGAUAUAAAUUAUUUUUGAUGAAUAAUAAGUCAAUGUUGCCAACCUCUUGUCAUCUAGUGUCUAUUCAUAGCACUUCAUAAUCAAGGAUGAUGCUGUGAAUGAAAGGAUCAUCAAAGAGCAUGGCCUUAUAAACCAAUUAUAUUGUAUCGUUAUCACAUUUCUAUAUUUGAAUAUCAUUUUAACUUAAUCAGGUGCAAAAAUUAAUUUUGAUUUUUUUAAAAAUUACUUAUGAAAAUUAAAAAAAGUAUCAAAUAACUAUAGAACUUGUGAUUGAGCAGAUUAUGAUAAAACCGGUAUCAGGUUGACUUGAUGAAACCCAGUGUAGCUGGUGAUACUUAGAUUCCAUAACAUUAUUGAAAUCGAUGAGGAAGUAAUAUAUUCCAUGUGUCAUGUGUAACAUUUGUGUACAUGUGUAACAUUUGUGUACAUGUGUAACAUUUGUGUACAUGUGUAACACAUGUGUAAGAUUUGUGUAUAUGUGUAAGAUUUGUGUACAUGUGUAACACAUGUGUAAGAUUUGUGUACAUGUGUAAGAUUUGUGUACAUGUGUACCAUUUGUGUACAUGUGUCAUGUGUAACAUUUGUGUACAUGUGUAAGAUUUGUGUACAUGUGUAACAUUUGUGUACAUGUGUAACACAUGUGUAAGAUUUGUGUAUAUGUGUAAGAUUUGUGUACAUGUGUAACACAUGUGUAAGAUUUGUGUACAUGUGUAAGAUUUGUGUACAUGUGUAACAUUUGUGUACAUGUGUAACACAUGUGUAAAAUUUGUGUAUAUGUGUAAGAUUUGUUUACAUGUGUAACACAUGUGUAAGAUUUGUGUACAUGUGUAACAUUUGUGUACAUGUGUAAGAUUUGUGUACAUGUGUAACACAUGUGUAAGAUUUGUAAGAUUUGUGUACAUGUGUAACACAUGUGUAAGAUUUGUGUACAUGUGUAACACAUGUGUAAGAUUUGUGUACAUCUGUAACAUUUGUGUACAUGUAUACCAUUUCACAUACAGAAUAUUUUGCAGAAUUGAUUUGAGGAAUUUGUUUCAGUACCUGUCAUGUACUUACAUAAAAUGCUAGAUUACGUUUAUGUUACACAUCCGUCUGUAGGCUGGAAUUCAAUUCAUGGAAGAGCUCUUCGAUAUGAAAUAGAGGUUGUGUAGUAGUUGCCUCCCUUAGUCCCCAAUCUGGAUCUUCACCUCAUUGUCUUAACUAACCAUUGAUGAGGUUUGGUAGUGGAGUUUGGUUGGUUACAUGGGUGUGGUCGAUAAAAUAUUGAUAUAGAUGUAUUAAAUCACGGACUUAUAUACGCUGUGUAUAUAAGUCCGUGAUUAAAUAAAUGAUUUAAUGCAUACACGUAUGUCUUUGGUUGAAUACAGAAUGAUUUACAAAUGAAGUGUAUAUUUUGAAGUGUUAUGGUAAUGUUUUACUGUUAAGGAGCCUGAUAUUAAAUGCUUGCCACAAAUGCCGCAGAUGCGAAGAUUUUAUCGAUCAAUUGUUUUAGUGUAAGUUCCAGUUACCACUGGGUUUUAUGUAUAACGUUUAAAUUCUCCAGGCAUGUACCGUUCCCUUGUCAAACGUUGUUGGGGGUGUAGAAUAUGCAUGCGCAUCUACAUGUACGUAUGGCUUGUAUCAUUUCCCUGUAGUUUCAUUUAAUUCAGUUCACAACCGGCGAGGGUAAAGGUAGCAAUUUGGAAAAGAUUUUGUCCAAUCAAUGUGUUUUUUGGUAACUAUGACAACCAAAGGGAAGGCAAGGUUUUUGAUAUAGUUCCAAUUUAUUUGCCAUCCAAUAAACAAGUUUUAAGCUCAACGGACAAUACCUCAAUUUUGACCAAUCAAGAGCCUCCAUUACGUAUCCGUGACAACAAUUCUGGAGACAAAUGGUAGUCAUUGAUAAGUGAAAUCAACCAACUUAGAGUGAUAUUAAUCUAUAGCCUUGUGAGUUAUUGGACAUAGCACAGAUACAUAUGAAAUGUGACCCGGUUACCAAGGCAACUAAAAUUAUCGCCAAAAAAUGCAAGCACACUUACAGAAUGCCCAUAACAUUUCUAUGGUUUCAUUGAAAUUGGUAUCCAACUCACAUUGGAUGAAUUACAAUUUAAAUUUCGACCAAACAGAAGCCACCAUCAUGUUUUCUUAGUCCAUAGUAAAGGUUCUGGAAAUACCUGACACUUCAAGUUACACCAUUUGGUUGAGUUUUAUUAAAAUUAAUCUAAGGACCUAUGAGUCGAGCCAUGACCCUUGCACAAAUAUACGUGUAUGUAGUGAGUGACUUGGUUACCACGGCAACCUAAGUUUCAGCAGAAAGGAGGAGAGACGUGACUUCAUCCAUGAAAUCUAUAAAUGACCCCUAAUAUUCCUGUGUAGUCUCAUUGAAAUUGUUUCACAAGUUUACGAGGAGCUGUCCGCAAAAAACGUUUUGCACAAAAACCCAUGUUUGGUGAACUGGUAAACAUGUCAACAAAAAUUCUAUUGAAAAAAUCGUGCAUACGCAUCCACACACAAUCCGUCGUAUUUCAAUGUAGUUCAUUGAAGCCCGUUCACAAGGAGGAGUUGAUAACUAUACUGAAACGUAUUUAGUGUAAAAAAAAUCGAAAUCAAAGAAGAAAUAUAUUGAGGACGAAAUCAUAAAAAUGAUCGCGUUUCUUUUUGACAAUAUCUUUGUCGGGUUUUCUGGUAAGAUCUUUAACAGACAAUUGGUACACUGAUGGAAACCACCUGCCCCUCUGUUGGCGGACUUUUUUGUUUUUAUACGAUGUUGAAUUUAUCGAAGAGCCUACCAAAGCAGGUCCUGACAACGACCUUGUUGCCGUUUAAUUUCUCUUUCAAAUAUAUUGAUGACGUCAUGUCUUUAUACAACAAGAAAUGUAUUGACCACGUCUAUCAUAUACAGCGACUAGAAUUGGAAAUCAAACUCUUCUACAUCAGCCGGUUAUCUCGAUCCCUUCCAACAACGAAACCAACAUUAACAACUUUCCACCAAAUUGUAUGAAAAGCAUGAUGAUUUCAAUUUCCCUAUCGUGAAUUUUCCAUUCUGAAUAGCAAGAAGCUUGCGCACGCAACAAAUGGUGUUUACAUGCCCCAGUGGAUUCGAUACCCAAGGACCUGUUCCCACAGUUUUCGUUCAAGGAGUCGUCAGUUAAAUGACAAACUCGUAACACAGGGUUUCAAAAGAUUCAGGUUGAUACAAAAUAUGGGGAAGUGUUACGGUCGUCAUAGUGAUCUCAUUGAGAAAUAUUCCAUUUCUUUCUGCGAUAUGACGCUGUCUGACAGUGGUGUAGCAACAAUGUAUACUUAAGCAUACACUCGAAAGGGAGAUUAUUGUUAAUAAAAAUCACUGUUUUUUAAUUUUUUUUAAUGAAAUGUGUUGGUGUAAAUGGAAAAGAUGAAAUCCGACAGCUUCAGGGGGACAUACAACCCUUAAAACCUUCGCAAUGCCACUGUUUGAUGCUCGUUAUCUUUAUUGUGUGUUCCGUUCUUGUAUACCUCAUUCGCAUUUCAGAACGUGACAUUACUUACUUGGAUCCACCCAGGUUUUACAUGGCGGGUGUCGUCGAUGAAACACAAGACUCUUACUCUUCUGGAACACCCUUCUUAUUCUCCUUGUACUUUUUCAGGGGUGUCCGUGAAAAUCUUUCUUUUGUUUCCAUUUUGCCCGAACUCGACUGAAUUUGAGUUUGGAUUAUGAUUAUGUUGGCAUUUUCUUGUUUUUUUGUUUGUUUUGUUUUGUAUUUUUUUGUUUUUUGUUUCUUGUAUUUUCAUGUCUACUAGGUGGGCUAUUAAUAUACUGAAAUUUCUUCUAUUGUUCAAUCACGAACGUUGAAAGCUAACAGAAGUAAUUUGCAAUAUAUUAAAACAGUUUAAGCAAAAAUGAAUUA